AACAUAAUAGCAGUGUUCCAGGUAUACCAAAAAACUUAUAAACAGCACAAUUAAGCCAGGAAAUGUCAUGAAACACCUUUUUUUUUGCCACUAUUAUUGGUACUUCGAAAAUUUAAUUGUGUACUUCUCAUAAUGAUUUUUUUUUUUUUUUUAAUAUAGAAAUUUUGGAGGGCACAGUUAAAAUUUUGAAAUAUGCAAUUAAUAGAGUAAAAGCGAAUUACCCUCUAGCCUUAUUGAAACAUUGACCUGAAGGUCUGUUCUUUGGGUUUGGGAUCUUAUUCAUAUAUCACACAGGCUUGGGGGCCUGAUUCUUAAUGGGCUUCGGCUCAUUGAUAUGGGUUUAGUCAUAUAAAAUGUCAAAGGCUCCCCUGGACCCUCUGGAUGGGUCCCACUUGCCACCAGAGGAUGGGUCCCACUACCCACAUUUCCCACAAUAUCUGAGGAUCUUUCUCCCAUUCAAUUCAUAUGUCCGUUUACGUGCUCCAUCUCAAGGUUCUUCCGUCAACUAUUCAACCUCUGUAAAAACCCAACUUUCAAAUCUUCUUGUUUCCUUCCCCUCCCUCCCUCCCUCUCUCUCUCUCUCUCUUCUUUCUCUCUCUACAGUUACUUCACUCGCACGCAACACUUCCUCUUGAAACCAAAGCCUAAGAGGUUACUGUUCCAUUACGGUUUUCUCCUUCGCACGCCAAGAAACACAUUUUCCUUUUCUCUCAGAUUUCGCUUUCCUCAUAUAUUCUCUCCCUCGAUUUUUCACAUAUACCAACAAAAUCUUAUUCGAUCUUCUCCAAUACCCAGAAUCUAAUUUCCCCAAAUUCAUGCAAAUUCGCAGUCUUUCUCCACCGACCACCAUGAACUUUUUGAAAAUUUUCCUUCUUUUUUCCCUGCUUCCGGUGGCGUUUUCUCACGAGACCUUCGACUCCCGCCUCCUGCCGCGGCCGUUGAUCCUUGAAUACCCAGACAUCGCCGCCCACUUCAAUGAUUUGGAGAAUGAGCUCAGAUUACACUGCGACAGCUGGAGAUUUUCUGUGGAGGCAAACAAUGUCAAUCCCUGGAAAACAAUCCCCGAGGAGUGUGCCGAGUAUGUCAAGGAUUACUUGACGGGUCGGGCUUACGAAUUCGAUCUCGAAAGGGUGUCUAAGGAGGCUGGGGUUUAUGCCAAGCGUGUUGAAUUGAAUGGCGACGGGAAGGAUGUGUGGAUUUUCGACAUUGAUGACACUUUGCUUUCCAACCUUCCGUAUUAUGCUGACCAUGGUUAUGGCUUGGAGGUGUUUGAUACGGUGGAGUUUGAUAAGUGGGUUGAGAAGGCCAUGGCACCUGCUAUAAAGUCCAGCUUGAAAUUCUAUGAAGAGGUCUUGAGUUUGGGUUUUAAGGUUUUCUUGCUCACGGGGCGCACCGAAGGGAAAAGGAAGGUUACUGUUGAGAAUCUGAACAAUGCAGGAUUCCGAGAAUGGCAUAAGCUUAUUUUGAGGUCCGCUGAUGACCACGAGAAAUUGGCGAUAAUUUACAAGUCCGAAAAGAGGAGUGAGAUGGAAAGGGAGGGAUAUAGACUGCUUGGGAAUUCCGGAGACCAGUGGAGUGAUUUGCUGGGUACCUCAGUCGCCCUCCGCUCGUUCAAGCUUCCGAAUCCCAUGUAUUACAUUCCGUGAUAGGGCAGGCAUCGUUCGUUUCAAAACUCGUACCGAUGAAUGCAAAUCAAGCUGUCUUAGAAUUGUCGUGCAGCUUGUACUGAUUUAAUUCAUGAUGCCAUACACCAAUAAUACAGUGAAUUGUUCAUAUCAAACUGAAUCGUGUAUAGAGAGAAAAUUGCAAUGUAGUUCUUUGGAUGCUUGGAAUUGUACAGGGCCACUUUUAUGAGUACUUGAGUUGUAUUAUUAUGAAAACGCUUUUAAAGAAAAUGUUUAUGGGUAUCAAAAGCAUGUGUGCUUAU